GCUUCUCCCACAUUUAUCGAACCGUCUAUCAUCAUCCAGCAACCCGUGAGCCAAUACCACACCAUAUCAUUCGGGUAGUAAGAGGACAUGAGUGAAGAGUGUGUAGUCUACCGCACCCGUGCCCUACCUCUUUCUCCGUCCUAUGAUCCCUCUCUCCUGCAAAUAAUUGUCCGUCAUCCACGCACCGGUCAGCCUCUUGCAGUCUUGCUUUAAAUAACCCUGUAUUUUCCAUGUAGGUAUCAUUCAACCCAUACCAGUACCCUACAUACAUAUCUUUCAUCCUUCCUAAAAAUUUUCCCUCUUCCCCAAUUACUCGUUACCUUGCUGCUAGCUCGCCUUCGCUUCGAUCUGAUUGGCCGUGCUCACAACACCUGCUUCAGUUCUACAGUAGCAAAUCGCCAUCCUUUCUUUCCUUUUUCUCCUCUCCCUCUCCCUUUUUCCUCUCUCCCUUGCAGCUCUGUAGGUGAACCUCUCUUACCUCCCAGGUUGCGAGACGAGGGGAAGAAGAGCGAAUUGAUUGAUUGAUUGAUUAUCAUUUUUUCCGUCGUAAGGGGGAUCCAAAAAGAACACGAUAGAAGAGAAAGAGGAAAGCAAUUGAAAGUUUCCGCCGUGGGUAAGUUUCAUUCUUCUGUUUUGCUAUACCUGCGGUAUUCGUUGCACGGCACGUCCUUUCCUCUCUCUUCUCACCAGUUUUCCUUGCCCUCCGUUCAGUCUGUCCAUCCACCCAUCCCCCCCCCCCCCCGCCCUCCACGCUUGCUUUACCCCUCCACGCUCUCCUCGCCGCCUCCCCCACAUCUUUCCUCCCCUUUCCAUUCUGUUUCCCACCUCGGUUGCCCGCCAACUCUCAUCGAUUUCUUGCUGCUGCGUGGUCUGUAGCGAUCCUCACCCGUCGCUUCCACUGAACGCAGGGGGUUCUAACUGGCCUUUGUUUUUUUUUGUUUUUUUGUUUUUUUGUUUUUUUUUCCCUCUAUCUCUUCCACUGCCCUCUUCUUUUUUUUUUUUUUUUUUUUUUACCGAAGAGCAGCCUAAGGUUUGAAGGGUUUGUGCGCCCCGAAAGUUCUCCUGGGCUUCAGAAUUUGAGCCGUCUCGCAAAUUUCACUUAUUCCCUAGCCCCAAAACAUUGCAUCAAUCAUUCCUCCAGCAUCUUUCCCUUACCGAAUCCCAACGGGGGGUCAAUUAUCUAACUAGGCGAAAAUAAAUAGCCCUCUUCCCCUCUUCUUGCCCUAGGCCCCCAGCGUCAUUGCCGACCUUCAGCACUACCCACACAGACUGCUGGUUAAAACUGCUACCACCAUCACCGCCACCGCUGCCUUUCCCACCGUCCUCGCUCGACCAUAUCCGCAGUCGAAACUUUGCAGCUUCAACUUCUCUAAUCACUUGCGAGUGCCAUCAUCCUCCCGAACCAAAAUCAUCGAAUAAUGGCGUGGCAACCGGAAGAAGCACCGAUACGGGAGUUGGCGGGCUAUCUGAAGGAUAGUUUGAACAGAUAUAAUCAGGCUGCUCAACGGCAUGCUAGUGAGGUUUGUCGCCCUUUCUAUCAUCGUGCAUUGAUGCGCAUGUGAUAUGGCAUCUUCCAUUCCCGCUACAGCCCCCUGAUGAUUGAUGACAGAUGCUACAACAAGCCAGUCAAUCCCCGGAUAUCAAUAACUACUUGUGUUACAUCCUCGUUCACCCCAACCCCCCCCCGGAUAUGGCGGUUGCCGAAUACCACGUUAUUCGUUGCUCGGCCGGCGUCCUCCUAAAGAAUAACAUCUUGGGUCUGGGGAGAGCUCUGGCACCGGCAUUCAUCGAGUAUAUAAAGUCGGAGCUUUUGCUGGGAUUGAGGGAUCCUCAUCAUCAGAUACGAAAUUACACAGGCAAUGUUAUCACCGAGUUGUUGCGUAUUGGGGGGGUCAUGUCCUGGACAGACAUGCUAGCCCAGCUGAUUUCGCUUGUGGAGAAUACUGAUGGAAACACCACUCCGGAGACACAAGAGGGGGCUAUGGGAGCGUUGUUGAAGGUUUGCCAGGAUAGCAAGGACGAGCUCGACGAGGAAUACGAUGGCUAUAGGCCCCUCAAUAUACUCAUCCCUAAGUUUCUACUAUUUACGCAGCACCCUGUCCCGAAAGUGCGCAUGCAGGCCUUGGAGGUUGUCAACAUAUAUCUGCCAAUGAAAACUCAGUCGAUCCUUGUCCACAUCGAUACGCUCAUAGAGAGUUUGUUUCGCCUAGGAAACGAUGCUGAUACCGGAGUACGGAGGGAAGUCUGCCGGGCUCUGGUGCAUCUGGUUGACAUCCGGGCGGACAAGAUAGCGCCCCAUAUGCAAGGAAUCGUGGACUAUAUGCUUACUCAGCAGAAGAAUACGGAGGAGCAGGACUUGGCCCUAGAUGCCGCUGAAUUCUGGCUGACUGUCGGGGAGCACGAACAUUUGAGAAUUGGACUGGGGCCGUAUCUAUCGGAAAUCGUCCCCGUCUUGCUAGCGUCUAUGGUUUACUCCGAAGAGGAUAGAGCUAGAUUAGGGGGUGGGGGAGACGAUGCAGAUGUUGAGGAUCGAGCAGAAGAUAUAAGGCCAAACUUUGCAAAGAGUAAGCAAAGAUUACCGAAUGGUGAGAGUGUGGAGGUUUUCGAUCAGCGAAAAAAGUCAAAUGGCAAGACCCCAGGGGAAGAGGCCUUGGAUGAUCUGAGUGAUGGGGAAAUCGACGAAGAGUACGAUUCUGAAGACGAUGCUUAUGCUGGGAUGGAAGACCCGGAGGAUCGCUGGAAUUUGCGGAAGUGCUCAGCGGCAGCCCUGGAUGUCUUGGCAACCGUGUUCCAUCAAUCAGUCUUCGAGACCAUCCUGCCUUAUCUGAAGGAGAAUAUUCGACAUCCGGAAUGGCCCUACCGGGAGGCGGCCGUCCUAGCGCUCGGCGCGGUAGCUGAUGGCUGUCUCGAAGGUGUCGUCCCGCAUCUCCCUGACCUGAUACCCUAUCUCAUCUCUUUGCUCGAUGAUCCUGAGCCGCUGGUGCGCCAAAUCACGUGCUGGACCCUCGGUCGCUAUUCCCGCUGGGCCUCUCACCUCGAAAAUCCGGCCGAUAAACAAAAGUAUUUUGAGCCCAUGAUGGGGGGAAUACUGAAUAAAAUGUUGGAUCGCAACAAGAGAGUGCAGGAGGCGGGCGCUAGUGCCUUUGCUAACCUCGAAGAGCAGAGCAAGGAUUUGUUGAAGCCCUACAUUGAACCGAUUGUCCGGCAAUUUGUUGUAGCAAUGGGAAAAUAUAAGGACCGGAAUAUGUUCAUCCUCUACGACUGUAUCCAGACCCUUGCGGAGCAUGUCGGGAGUAUUUUAGCGGAGAAACCACUGGUCGAUAUCCUGAUGCCCGCUCUUAUUAACAGGUGGAAGUUUGUCAAGGACCACUCAAGGGAGCUGUUUCCUCUCCUUGAGUGCUUAUCUUAUGUUGCUACAGCCCUUGGGAGGGAAUUCGCACCAUUCGCAGGCCCCAUAUUCCUUCGAUGCAUCAACAUAAUCCGUCAAAACUUAGAGCUGCAGAUGGCCUACAAUAACGAUAAUUCGUUGGAUGAGCCUGACAAGGAUUUCUUGGUCACAAGCUUGGAUCUUCUCAGCGCGGUGGUUCAAGCUUUGGAUUCAAGAAGCGCAGAGCUGAUCUCUGGGACAACACCUCCGUUCUUUCAACUCCUGACUGUUUGUAUGGCGGUAGGUCUUGAUUGCCCACCAUUCUCCAGAAAGAAUUGGCUGAUAAACCACAGGAUCCGAGUAACGAUGUGAAGCAAUCAUCCUACGCCUUACUUGGGGAUUGUGCUAUCUAUGUCUUUGAGCAGUUACACCCAUUCCUACCUAACAUCAUGGAGCUCUUGAUCCAGCAAUUACAAAUUCAGUCCCUGUCCGACGCCGAGAGUGAUACAGGAUAUAGCGUGGUUAAUAAUGCUUGUUGGAGUUGCGGGGAAAUUGCUUUGAAGCAAGGUAGAUCCACCAGCCGUAUAUAUCAAGCACAUGUCAGCUAACUUUCAAGAUUCAGGGUCCGGGAUGGCACCUUACGUCGAAAAACUUUACAAUAGGCUGGUCAAAAUCAUACAAACACCCGAAAUCCCCUCAUCCGUGACCGAGAAUGCCGCUGUGGCCCUUGGCCGCAUUGGGAUCGGCUCUUGUGAUGAGCUUGCUCCUCAUCUUGAGUCGUUUGCGUACCCGUUCCUAGAUGCUCUCCAGAAGGUGGCGGAAACAGAUGAGAAAGACACCGCCCUGAAGGGGUUUUGUAUGGUUGUUGGCCGAAAUCCUGAGGCUAUGGAAAGCUGCCUGGUGCCCUUCUUCCGAGCCAUUGCUCGCUACAAGCACGCUAGCCCUGAAUUGUCUGCAUUGUUCCGACAGGUAAGAUGCAUUGCUCUUCUCUUGUGUGAUCAUAAUGCUUUUGAACACUUCUGACUUGUGGUAAAUCUAGACGCUCAUUGGAUACAAAUCGUUCAUUACGGAUUUUGAUUUGUUUAUGAGCGCUAUUCCGGCACCGGAUCGUGAGGCUCUAAAGUCUAGAUACGCAAUCUGAUAAGCAAGUUGGAACAGUUUGAAAUUGUGGAGUUUCGUUGCUUGAAGCUCUCGUCUCAUUGUGUCUCACCGCUUUUACCUUGUUGAAAACAGAUAGGAAGGUGAACGAUAAUAGUUGCAAUCAUUUUUUGAACCUACGACUAUUAAUUGCUCUUCUUGUUGUGUUCCUCUCUUGAUCAUUAACUUAGCUAGUUUUUCCUGUUAUAUAAUAGAACGGCCGUGACAAGAGGUGGAAAAGUUUCCAAAUCAAAGAAAUAAGUGUUUCUUUCUUCCUUUUUUUCCUUUUUUUCCGGGUGUUUCUCAUGGUUUACGAAAUGGACGGCGCGUUUUACAGAUUUUCAUUUAUUUUUUCCAAGAAACUUCUGGGGUAUUUCACUUUCCCGUCUGAAGCAAAGAAAGGAUUAAGCAUCUGAUGGCAAAUAUGGUACAGUACGGAGUAUGUUUUCUGAUAGUUUUCUUUGCUAUUUCUCCAUCUCUACCCCUUCCCUUUCCCUUUCGGCAAAGAUUUUAUUAUUAUCAUCACAUCUGUUCUGACACCCGAAUAUGAAAUGAUUGGGUGUGCAGAAGGAAGAGUCAAGUCAAGUCUGGGAUCCCAUAGCUCUGGAUUGAAAGGUUUAUAGGGGUUUGGGGGGGCUUCACCUUGUCACGGUGGGCUAACAGAUGCCUUACCUAUCUCCUUCAUUUUGUUCAUAUCGUACGGCAUAAGCACGCCGGAAUCACCGGGGGAGGGGGAGGUUGACGACUAAGGGGAAAAUAGAGGGCUUUUGCUUCCUGUACCUGGCGUUACAUCAUAUCAAUACGGGUUGGUAUCAUAGUAAGGAGACGGAUUGCCAAAAUACACACUAAAACUGGGAGUUUUUUUCCCCCCUCCCCCCCCGAUCCGGCAAAAUUCAACGAGCUUUAUUGAAAGGGAAAAAUAAAUGAAAGGGUAGAUUAUCCCAAGGCCUCCCUGGAUCUAACUUUAUCAAAUUUUUCUGCCCAACCGGGAUAGACUAACGAUCAACGCUUUCCUACGAUAGCAGCCCGGUGGUGCAGUACCGUACCUGCCAAGACCAGGGUUUUCUGUACUUGUAUGCAAAGGAUAUGAUACGGUAUUAUUAUAUGAUACAUCGUAGCCGGCCGCGAGUAUGGUAGCACCGAUAGUAUGAUAACGGCCUUGGUAACAAUGG